CGCUCGGGCUCUGCGCACACAGUGCGCCCUGGGCGUGUCUCACGCUCGAGUCCUGCCCGGUGCACCAGGCUGCUCCGCCGCAAUGCGCACCGUGACGCUUCCCCGGGCCCGGGUCGGUGUCUGGGCGGCAGCGGCCAAAGUGGCCCCGAGGCGCCGCCGCGUGGAGGAUGGGGGAAGAUCGCGGAGUCCUGUGGCCCAGAGCCAGCGCGCAGCGCUUUACGUCCACUGGCCCUACUGCGAGAAGCGCUGCAGUUACUGCAACUUCAAUAAGUACAUUCCCCGCGGCGUGGAGGAGGCUGCUGUUCGGGGCUGCCUGGUGACUGAGGCUCAGACCCUGCUGCGGCUCAGCGGAGUGCAGCGGGUGGACUCUGUAUUCUUUGGUGGAGGCACCCCCAGUCUGGCCAGUCCCCACACUGUGGCUGCUGUCCUGGAAACAGUGGCCCAGGCAACUUACCUGCCUGCAGACUCCGAAGUCACAUUGGAGGCCAAUCCCACCUCUGCCCCAGCCUCCAGGCUGGCAGCAUUUGGGGCAGCAGGAGUCAACAGGUUAUCCAUUGGCCUCCAGUCCCUGGAUGACACUGAGCUCCAGCUGCUGGGGCGGACACACUCGGCCAGUGAUGCUCUGCAGACCCUGGCAGAGGCCCGGUGCCUGUUCCCUGGGCGGGUGUCUGUGGACCUGAUGCUAGGGCUCCCGGCACAGCAGGUGAGGCCGUGGCUCAGGCAGCUCGAGGAACUGCUGCGCCACUGUGACGACCACAUCUCCCUCUACCAGCUGUCCCUGGAGCGGGGCACUGCCCUCUUCACCCAGGUGCAGCAGGGUGCCCUUCCUGCCCCAGACCCCGAGCUCGCUGCUGAGAUGUACCAGGAGGGACGGGCAGUCCUUCGGGAGGCUGGCUUCCGCCAGUACGAGGUCUCGAACUUUGCCCGGAAUGGGGCGCUUAGUACCCACAAUUGGACUUACUGGCAGUGUGGUCAGUACAUUGGCAUUGGGCCUGGGGCCCAUGGACGCUUUAUGCCCCAGGGGGCCGGGGGCCUUACUCGGGAGGCUCGGAUCCAGACCCUGGAGCCUGACAACUGGAUGAAGGAGGUGAUGCUGUUUGGACACGGCACCCGGAAGCGCUUGCCCCUGGGCGAGCUGGAGCUGCUGGAGGAAGUUUUGGCAAUGGGGCUACGCACAGACGUGGGGAUCACUCACCAGCACUGGCGGCACUUUGAGCCCCAGCUGACCCUGUGGGACGUGUUUGGAAGAAGCGUGGAGGUGGACGCGCUGCUGGAGCAGGGCCUGUUGUUGCUGGAUCACAGGUGUGGAGAGUGGGGUCUUCGGUGUUCCUGGGAAGGCCUGGCUGUGCUGGAUUCUCUGCUCCUGACCCUUCUACCUCAGCUCCAAGAGGCCUGGCAGCAGAAAACCCCCUCCCCUGUGCCAGGAGGGUGACAGAUGUCCCUGCCUUCCAGGACUGUAUCCCAGGCUUGAAGCUGCCAUCUCAGCCUGGUGCCGAGUAGCUCAGACUCGGUGUCUAUGUUUUCUGUUCUGAAGAGGCUUGAACAGUGAGAACCCAUGUGUCCCAUCUCCAUGAGACCACCUCAUGGGACAGAACUGCAUUCUGCGAAGAAAAGGAUUUACAUAAUAAAAUUGCUAUAGACUGAAUGUCUGUGCCCCCACAAUUCAUACGUGGAAACCUCAUUCCCAAGCUGAUGUAUUGGGAGGUGGAGCUUUGGCAAGUGAUUAGGUCAUGAGGAUGGAGCCCUCAUGAAUGGGAUUAGUGCCCUUAAAAAAAAAGACCUCAGAGAGCUCCCUAGCCUCAUGUGAGGACAUAGAAGACACCGAAUCUGCUAGCACCUUGCUCUUGAACUUACCAGCCUCUAGAAC